ACGCGCGCGGCACGCACGCACGCACGCCAACGGGGCACGGGGUGGCGGCGGCGGCGGACGCAGAGGAUCACGGGGUUCGUUGGCGAGCCGCUGGGGUUUCUGCGCCCCUCGCCCUUUAAAACCGCUCGGCUCUAUCCCUCCCUUUUCUGACCUCCCCACACAUCGCGGCUGCGGCGACGAGGAAAAUACACUGCAGAUAAGAGAGAGGGAGGGGCGAGCGAGCGAGACAGGGAGAGGCGGCGCGCCGAGCCAGCCAGCCCACACCGCCCGCGGCCAUGGCCGGCGCCGACCCCAACCGGAGCUUCAUGAAGGACGUGAAGCGCAUCAUCAUCAAGGUGGGCACUGCAGUUAUCACCAGAAAUGAUGGAAGACUGGCUUUGGGCAGGAUUGGAGCCCUGUGCGAGCAGGUCAAGGAUCUUAAUGCUCAAGGAUAUGAGGUGAUUAUGGUCACCUCGGGCGCUGUCGGUGUGGGGCGACAGCGGCUCAGGUACCGGAAGCUUGUCAAUAGCAGCUUUGCUGAUCUGCAAAAGCCACAGAUGGAGCUGGAUGGAAAGGCGUGCGCUGCUGUUGGUCAGAGUGGGCUGAUGGCACUCUAUGACAUGUUGUUUACCCAACUUGAUGUGUCAUCAUCACAACUUCUUGUGACAGAUAGUGACUUCGACAAUUCAAAUUUCCGGGAGCGACUCCGCGAAACUGUCGAGUCAUUAUUAGAGCUUAGAGUUAUUCCAAUAUUUAAUGAAAAUGAUGCCAUCAGUACGAGGAAGGCUCCAUACGAGGAUUCAUCUGGUAUAUUCUGGGAUAAUGACAGUUUGGCAGGUCUACUGGCAUUGGAACUGAAAGCUGAUCUCCUUGUUCUGCUUAGUGAUGUGGAUGGCCUCUACAGCGGUCCACCAAGUGAACCUUCAUCAAAGUUAAUACAUACUUAUAUCAAGGAAAAACAUUAUCAUGAAAUUACUUUUGGAGACAAGUCCCGUGUUGGUAGAGGUGGCAUGACAGCUAAAGUCCAAGCUGCUGUGUGGGCUUCAACGGGUGGUGUACCUGUUGUUAUUACAAGUGGAUGUGCAUCUCAGAGCCUUGUUAAAGUUCUCCGUGGGGAAAAAAUUGGUACUCUUUUUCAUAAAAAUGCAAGUUUGUGGGAACCAUCCAAGGAGACCAGUGUCCGUGAAAUGGCUGUUGCUGCACGGGAUUGUUCAAGGUGUCUACAGAAUUUGUCAUCAGAGGAGCGCAAGAAAAUAUUGUUAGAUGUUGCGGAUGCUUUAGAGGCAAAUGAGGAUUUAAUUAGAUCCGAGAAUGAAGCAGAUUUAGCAGCAGCACAUGAGGCUGGGUAUGAGAGUGCUUUGGUUUCUAGAUUGACUCUGAAACCAGGAAAGAUAGCAAGCCUUGCCAAAUCUGUUCGCACUCUUGCGAAUAUGGAAGACCCUAUUAACGAGAUACUGAAAAGGACAGAGGUUGCUGAUGGUUUAGUUCUUGAGAAAACAUCUUGCCCUUUGGGUGUUCUAUUGAUUAUUUUUGAGUCCCGACCUGAUGCCUUAGUCCAGAUUGCGUCUUUAGCCAUUCGAAGUGGUAAUGGUCUUCUCCUAAAAGGUGGAAAAGAAGCAAUGAGAUCAAACGCAAUAUUGCAUAAGGUUAUAACCAAUGCUAUUCCUGACAAUGUUGGCGAAAAAUUGAUUGGCCUUAUUACAACUAGAGAUGAAAUUGCGGAUUUGCUAAAGCAUGAUGAUGUCAUUGAUCUUGUCAUUCCAAGAGGGAGUAAUAAGCUUGUUGCUCAAAUCAAAUCAUCAACAAAGAUUCCUGUUCUUGGCCAUGCUGAUGGUGUUUGUCAUGUAUAUAUUGACAAAUCAGCAGACAUGGAUAUGGCAAAACGUAUUGUGAUGGAUGCAAAAAUUGAUUACCCAGCUGCCUGCAACGCAAUGGAGACGUUGCUUGUUCAUAAAGAUCUUAUGAAGACUCCAGAACUCAAUGACAUACUAGUAGCACUCAAGACAGCAGGAGUUAAUCUUUAUUGUGGGCCUGUUGCGCAUAAAGUAUUGGGCUACCCAAAAGCAGAUUCAUUACAUCUGGAGUACAGUUCUAUGGCUUGCACAGUUGAGAUAGUUGAUGAUGUACAAUCAGCAAUUGACCAUAUACAUCGCUAUGGAAGUGCACAUACAGACUGUGUGGUCACUACAGAUGAUAAAGUAGCAGAGACCUUUCUACGUCAAGUUGAUAGUGCUGCCGUAUUAUACAACGCGAGUACAAGAUUCUCCGAUGGUGCUCGUUUUGGACUCGGUGCUGAGGUUGGCAUAAGUACAGGCCGUAUACAUGCACGUGGACCUGUGGGUGUUGAAGGUCUUUUAACUACACGAUGGCUCUUACGAGGGAAAGGGCAAGUGGUGAAUGGUGACAAGGAUGUUGAGUACACCCAUAAGAGCCUUCCUUUGCAAUGAGAAAAUGGCGUGGUAAGGAUUCCGCGAAAACCCUCUGAAGUAUGAGUCUCAUCAGACUAAGGAAAGAAACCCGGUGGAUCAAUUAAAUUGUGUACAAACCAUCUUAUUGUGGCGGAUCGGUGGAUCAAUUUGUAUGAGCUUGGAGGCUUCGGCUCUCCGGUGUUAUAAUAAAAACAAAUCAGCAAUUCUAGGAGUGAGAGUACUAGUGUGCCGAUACUAUAAGCAGUAUGUUUCCUGGGCCCGGUAAUCCAGCAGCAUUGGCAAUUGCUCGUUCUUGCUA